AUGACUCAAAUUGGUGUCGGGCUAGUGGGAGGAGGAAUUUGGGCGAGGGAAGAACAUUUUCCCGCAAUUCAAGCCUCCCCGCACCUCUCCCUCAAGGCUGUGUAUUCGCGAUCUCUAGCCUCUGCCAGAAGUGUUGCGCCUGAGCUCGUCGGCGUCGAUUACUACGCAGACGACAGCGACGUCAGCUACAACGAUAUGUUAAAGCGCACAGACAUAUCUGCAGUUAUCAUAGCCCUGCCAAUUGCAAAUCAAAAGCAGUACAUUCAAAGUGCCUUGCGAGCUGGCAAGCACGUUCUCUCCGAGAAACCUGUGGCAGAGAAUGUCGGGGAUGCGCUUGAGUUGAUUGAAUGGUACAGGAAAAGUCAAGAAACGGCCGCCUCGUGGCACGUGGCCGAAAACUGGCGGUUCAUUGAAAGCGUCGCGGUUGCUCAGAAGCAGGCGCGCGCCCUGGGCAGAACACUUGGGUUUCGCGUUCAGGUCUACGACAACAUCCAAAAAGGAUGGAAAUUCUACGAGACCGAUUGGCGCAAGGCUCCCACUCAUCAGGGCGGGUUCCUGCUCGAUGGGGGCGUCCACUAUACAGCUGGACUAAGGCGCCUGCUCAACAUCCAUGAGGGCAACGAGAUUUGCUCAAUCUCUGCCUUCACCGCUCUGUUACAGGAUCACCUGCCACCUGUGGAUACCAUCAAUGCCACAAUGCGCUUGGCAUCGGGCAUUAGUGGAACAUAUCAACACUCUGUCGGUACCACUUUGAAGGGUUCAGAGUGGACCAUUGCCUGUGAGCGUGGCACAGUCAGUUUUGGGGACUCGAAAGUGAUUGUCACGAUCGGUGACAGCGAGACACGUGUAUUCGUAGCGGAUGAGAGGACUGGUGUGCCACCAACCGUGCGUGCCUGGGCGGAAGCUUUAUACGCAGCAGUUCCAUGUAAGGACCUCCAGCCAGAGGAGGCACUUGCUGACUUGGAAUUGCUGGAGCUUAUGCUUCGGAGUGGCGAAUGUGGAGGCACGCCGCUUGAGUGCCAAUAUCAAGAUACCGAUAACCCAUUCAAGUCUGCUUGA